UCCAACAAGUCUGCUGCGACCUGCCGCGGCACCUAUGAGCCUCCACGUAAAUGAAUAGCGUCGGCCCGCGCGAGAGACACGAGAGCUGAUUAUGCCGAGAUAAGGAGAACAGGACUCGCGCUCCGUCCCACCAUGUUCUGUGACGGUUCACCCGCGGAGGACUUCCCGGACAAAGUGAUGCCCGGAGCGGCUCCCUGCACGUGCGGCAAGAAGUGCAGGGGCCGGAGCAGCACUCUGGUCUUCCUGGGAUUAUUCCUGCUGUCGCUGGCCCUGCACGCGGUCACCCUCGUCUGCUACCUGGACCUGCGGUCCGAAGUCAAAAGGGAGAUUAUCCACCAGAAGCGGGAGUCCGCGGUGACGCUGGCCGGCGGUGACCCCGCUGACCCCGCUGACCCUUCGGCCGUGUCCGCGCCCGGCCACCCGCGCGCUGACCCCGGCAGCACGCGCCGCGGAGACGCUCACGAGGGAAAGUUAUUGUACAGAAUUAGCGACUUCCGCGCCACAGAGGACAACAGGGGCAUAACUCAGCGAGCGAAAAGGAGCCCGGGCAAGGAGCCAGAAACAGAGUCGACUGGAAAGGAGAAAAGAAAAGACAAGAAAAAAGGCAAGAAGAAGUCUGUGCCAGGACCCCCUGGUCCCCCGGGUCCUCCGGGUCCACAGGGGCCACCGGGUAUCCCAGGAAUCCCCGGAAUACCUGGAAGCAACGUUGUGGGACCUGCGGGUCCCCCAGGGCCGCCUGGGCCACAGGGACCACCAGGCGCCCAGGGUCCGGCAGGGGUUUCCGAAAGGACCAAAGCAAAGGAAUUCCAGCCUGCUGUGGUUCAUUUACAAGGACAGGAAACGACAAUCCAAGUGAGAGAAGAUCUGUCUCAAGGGGUCCUUAGGAACUGGAAGAUGGUGUCUAUCCAUCAACGUGUGUUCAAAAUGCACUCGCGCACAGGGCAGCUGGAGGUGCUGCUGGAUGGGGUCUACUUCAUAUAUAGUCAGGUAGAAGUGUACUAUCUGAACUUCACGGACAUCGCCAGCUAUGACGUGAUGGUGGACUCCAACCCCUUCCUUCGCUGCACCUGCAGCAUCGAGACGGGCCAGCGCAAGUUCAACACCUGCUACACGGCAGGGGUGAGCCCGCUCCGCGCCGGCCAAAGGAUCUCGAUACGCAUCGCGCACGAAUACACGCUCAUUAACAUGACCAACCACACCACCUUCCUGGGAAGUGUCAGGCUCGGAGAGGCUCCAUCUGCUGGACAGAACGGAUAACUACACCACCACCACCCCCUGUGCAUGAACGGGAACGUUGCUUGGAGGAUUAGUCUGGCCGUUUUUUCAUCCUGCCUGAUGUAGGAUUGAUACAUUGAUUAGAAGCAGCCCGUUGCCCGUGUUUUGCCCUUGUCUAGAGGACACUGGGCUCUUACGGUUGAGGAAGCCCCUGGGGGACUGAUGUAUUAAAAGGGACAAUUAAAGCCACCAAUACUUCCGUUGACUAUGAAUCUGCGCAGAAAUAUAGGCCUCGAUGAACCACAUGUCCUCAAACACAGCUUUCUAUUUAUAGCCAUCCUUUUUGUGUCGACACACACAGCAUAUUUCUUUAUAACAAGGAAGGACACAGUACUGAUACUAAGUAAUUACAUCUUUUCAAGUGCUGUUGAAUGAUAAUCAUUUAUCUCCAAAAUCACCAGCCAUUUGAAAUGUUUUAUUUAACUGUUUAAAGUAAAUGGUUUACCAAGGGACUUAAAAAUCCUUAAGGCAGAUGUAAGAAGCCAUAGAAAUGCAUUAAAACUGGAGCUAGAAGGCAUUCACAUAGCAACAGCACUAUAUAUUUUGCACACAUUUGCACUACAGCAUUCCUGCAGAAUACCAGUGACAUGUUUGUUCCAGUGCUAUUGUUUAGUUAUCUUAUGACUGAAUUCAUGGAGAAUAGCAACAGUUGUUAAUACAUGUCUGUACAUACUGUAUAUAAAAUGGGAUAUACUUUUGUAAAUGCAGUUGAUUGAUGUAUUAAAAUGUUUCCAUUUUCUGCC